GUCAGUUAAGUCGCGUCGGCUUAUGCUUUCGGUGGUUCGUGUUAACGCGCGCGCUCGAUUUUUGCUAUUCUCCUCUAUGUCCUUGCUUUCGGCGCACUUUCUUUAUGCUGUCCGUUCGUAACACUUUCGUAUGCUGUGUGCGUUUGCAGUGUUCCCUCCAAUCGGUCGGUCAAUUCCCUAAAGUGUUUGGAGCUCGACAGCGGCAGCGUUUGACUUUUUUUUUCUGUGACUCAGUUUCUGCACGUAAUCGACGAAUUAGAGCCGGGUGCUGAUUGAUACCGUCCGUUGGAACAAGUAAACAAGAUCAAAAAAAGAAAAAAAGGAAAAAACAAUACUUUGAAAUAACACACCAGCAAAUCUUAUUACGAUCUCAUCGCAAAGCUGAUCACAGCCCUGCAGCCAGCAGCAGCAGCAACAGAAGGUUUGGUUCGGUGGUUGUGAUGAAAAUAUAAGCCAUUCGUACCGUUCCUUUGGCCGCUUGUUGUGCAAUAGUAUUUGUGGUGUGGCUCCUAGAGUGGUGGUGAUGGAAUUUCGAUGGGAGUAAGUGGCUGAUGAUUUCAGCAUCACCCCACGAGAACAAACCGGCUGCAAAUGGCAACCAGGUUGAUCUGAGUGAGCCGGAACCCAACUAACGGACGCCGUGAGAAACGCGUUUUUCGGAUAGUCGUUGGGCAAAGUAAGAUACAACGACACUCGUAUGAAUGCCGAGAUCCCAACUUGUGAUCCGAACUUAUUAGAAGAAAUAAAUGAUCAUGUACGAGGGCUAUCCAGAAAGUAGCAGACGUUUUAGACUAGCGCGGCGUGGCUGGAGCUAGAGCUGCCAUCUUGGUAUCAAAAGAUUCAAAUUUAUCAGUAUUAUUCAAGCUGUGGCUUCGAGAGAUUCGUUUGUUUAUCAUCUUUUUAUCUUCGUUUUCCCAGCGGUGUGCAUCAGCAGCAGCAGGAGGACUGAUUGAAGUGAGUAGCGAGUAAAAGGAAAGUCAGGAAAAAAUAGUGGUGAAUCAACAGCUCCAGAGCUGAAAUGGAGCAGCACUACCGCUCCGGUUGUCAUUGUUGUGGCCCAGUUUAGUUGGUUUCCUGCGCCAAGUGGUAUAGCACAAUUGUGAUGUUAUUGGCCCUAUGAAAUAUGAUGAAGAAAUAGUGCUUUAUGAAGGGUUUGCCGAAGAAAGGAAGAUUUAUAUGAAUCUGUGAAAUAGUGGAAACAAAAAAAAAAAAGAAGCAAAGUGAUAAGCGGCGAGAGUGGGAGUCUCGAAUGAAAAGUGAUCUCGAGUAUUCGUACUGUCGGAUAGCGUUGAUAGCGUUGCCCUCCCCCGACAAGACGGGAAGCCAUUUUUCUUCGAAUGAAGUACACGCCUCUACGGAUGGUUUGAAUGGUGGUGACUGUUGGAAUAGAUCAAAGGAUACACCUCCCGUCGCCCUUCUCUGCGCUUCGCUGAGCAACUAGGAUCACGUCAAUAGGCAAACAUAUCUACCACCAAUCUCCGGAAGCUCCGAACGUCGUAGCUUCCCGUGCCGCCCCGCAAUGAUAGCCCAGCGAUGGACAGUUUUAAUACCGUUCGUUACGAUAGUGUUCCUGUUCCAGACGUGCCACUGCAAUCUGCCGCCCGUCUUCACGCAGGACAUGAACAACCUGGCCCUGUCGGAGUCCACCCCGGUCGACAGCAUCGUUUACCGGUUGGAGGGCUACGACCCGGAGGGCGGUGACGUUUCGUUCGGAAUGCUCGGCUCGGACAAUUUUAGAGUGGACCCGAUCAGUGGCGAUGUGAAGGUGAUAAAAGCGCUGGACCGUGAGGCUCAGGAUACAUUGUCCUUCUCGGUGAUUAUCAAGGAUCGUGUCAGCUCAGCCGGCAUCGACUCGGAGAACGACAACGUCGUGAACGUACCAAUCACAAUCAUUGUCCUGGACGAGAACGAUAACGCGCCAGAAUUCCAAAACCUCCCCUACGAAACGCAAGUGCUGGAAGAUGCCCCAGUAGGCACCACGGUCUUCAAGGAGAUCCUGGUGACGGACAAAGAUACGGUCGGUGACAAUCUGGAUGUGACCUGUAUUCCCCAACCGCUGAAUCCGGAUGCGUGCGAGAAGUUCUCCGUCGAGAUAGUGGAGAGCAGCCAGGACAAGCUGACGGCGGUGGUUGUGCUGAAGGGUCGUCUAGACUACAACGAGCGGAUGAUCUAUCAAAUUCUGCUGGAAGCAUCCGAUGGGAUGUUCAAUGCGACCGCGGGGCUGGAAAUUCACGUCAAGGAUGUCCAGAACACUCCACCGGUCUUCCAGGGGUCACUGGCGGCAGUGAUCAACGAGGACAGUCCCAUCGGGACGCUGGUGAUGGCGAUCCAUGCGAGGGACGGUGAUCGGGGACAGCCACGAAAAAUUGUUUACGAGUUGGUGACAAAUCCUAUGGAUUAUUUUCUGCUGGGCCGACAUACCGGCGAACUUCGCACAGCUAAACCACUAGACAAGGAAGCCCUGCCUGACGAUACCGGUUUGAUCAUACUCACCGUCAAAGCUCGUGAACUGAUCGAUGGAGUCCCAGGAAAUGACAACCUUACGGUGGCCACCACACAAGCCUCGAUCACUAUCCGGGACGUGAAUGACUCACCACCAAUGUUCAACAAGAAGGAAUACUUCGUGUCGAUGUCGGAAAAUACCGCCCCGGGAACUCCGCUCCCGAUCGAGAUGAGUGUACAUGAUCCGGACGUGGGUGAGAAUGCUGUGUUUUCCCUGCGGCUGGAUGACGUCUCGGAAGUCUUCGACGUGGAGCCAAAAUUGGUCACCGGUUCUUCGCAGAUAAGCAUCCGUGUGGCGAAUGGUUCCCUGGAUUACGAAAAUCCCAACCAUAGGAAGUUUAUUGUGUUGAUUAUUGCGGAGGAAACAAAAACCAACCCAAGACUGUCAUCGACGGCGACACUAACCGUGUCGAUCACUGACUCGAACGAUAACAGACCGAUUUUUGAACAAGACGCGUACUCAACGACAGUCUCGGAAACAGCCAAUCCGGGCCAUUUGAUUACAACGGUAACGGCAAAGGAUUUAGACUCGGGACACUUUGGGGAUCAAGGGAUUCGCUAUUCGCUGACCGGCACCGGAGCGGAGUUGUUCCAUGUGGACCCGAUAACGGGAGCGAUUACCGUAGCCGAAUGUCCGGCUCCAGAAGGCUAUCCGGAGGGUAGGCGACGGCGAAGAAGGAGACAGCUUCCAACGUCUGCUGAAUUGACGCAUGAUGAAGAAAUGAACAAAUUCAACGUUACAAAUGACGGGAAAACGGGAUGGUUGGAUCAUGGCGACGACUACAUGGCGUACAAGAUUUUCAAUAACGGAGAAUCGAACGAAUUUGCAGAUGUGAACGUCAUUGCCCCUCCAACCGCUCCCAGCUGGGAUGCUCUCGGAUCGGAGGAAGCGGAAACCACUACAAGCUGGGUGAUGGAUUUAUUCCCGACAAAGGCAACCACAGUAGCGCCGAUAGCGGGAAGUUCAAUCCAAUCGGCACCAAUCCCGAAAGAGGCAGGACCUGGACGGGCACCCUGUCUUGAUUACGAAACUCAAUCCGUGUACUAUCUGUCCUACAAAGCAACCGAUGACGAAGGUCGGGGCCAAACAUCCGUUGUGUCACUGAGGAUUACGCUGCUCGAUGCAAACGAUUCUCCCCCGGUGUGUGAGAGUCCGCUGUAUCGCGCUUCGGUGGAUGAAGGGGCCACCCAUUUUGAACCCCCGCUAAUCAUCAAAGCUCGCGAUCCGGACGUCGUAUCGGAAAUUAAUUAUCGAAUAAUUGGCAACGAAGCAAUUACGCGGCAUUUUGAAAUCGAUAAACGAUCCGGCCAGCUGACCAUUUCAGGCAGUACCGCCCUCGAUGUCAAUCAUUUGAAGUCGGAAAAUGUAUUUUUCGCCGUCGAGGCAAGCGACGGUCUCUUCACGACGCUGUGCAACGUGAACAUCACAAUUCGGGAUGUGAACAAUCAUGCACCCCAGUUCUCCCGGGAGCAUUACCUGGCCUCGAUCGAAGAGAAUUUUCCAAUUGGCACCAAAGUCGAGCGUUUACAGGCGAUCGAUUUGGAUACGGGAAUCAACGCCGAGAUCAGGUACCGAGUCCAGCAGGGCAGUUUCGACGAUUUUACCAUCGACAACCAAACCGGAGUGGUGACCAUCGCUCGCAAGCUGGAUUACGACCGACGAAAUACAUACCAGAUGGAGAUUGUCGCCGCGGACAUGGGCACCCCCAGCCUCUCGGGGACCACCACACUAACCGUCAGCAUCAUCAACAGCAACGACAAGGCACCCUACUUUACGCCAACCACUCAGCGGGCGGAAGUAUCGGAGGAUGCUCCGGUGGGAAGGCUUGUUCAUACCCUGGUCGCGCUCGAUCCUGACGUGGCGACCAGUGAGGCGUUGGAUUACGCAGCUACCGAACCCAUCACCGCUGUGGAUAAGAACGGGAAAGAAGUUGGUGACACAGAAGAUUUCAAGGACAUGUUCACGAUUGACCGGACGGGAAAAGUGUUUGUGAACAGGAAGCUUCAACGAGAUGAUUUUGCUGUUGUUCGCAUCACAGUGCUCGUCACGGAUACGACAGCUCCUUCGAUUCAGCAGGGCGAGGGACUUCUCAUCAUCACUAUCAUUGACGUCAACGAGGAACCACCGCUGUUCAUGCCACCCUGGACUCCCGAGAUGCCCCGCUACCGUUUCGAGGUGCUCGAGGAGCAACCGCUCGGUACCAUCCUGACGACGAUGCAAGCAACAGAUGCAGAUUCCACCGUCGCCGAGUACCGAAUGACAGAUAACAGCUAUUUCGAGAUAAACAACACAACAGGUUUAAUCCGAAGUAAAGCACGCAUCGAUUACGAGCAGGUCACCGCCAUCAAGUUCAAGGUGACCGUCGUCGACACGGGCAUCCCACAGCUGUCUUCCACCGCUGAAGUGACCGUUGACAUUGUCAACGUGAACGACAACGACCCUGCGUUUGAGGAUUCUGAGUACGAAAUGACGAUACUGGAGAAUGCCCCCGUCGGAACGGUCGUCGGUUCGGUGAGCGCCCUGGAUGCUGACGCGGGACUGUACGGCCAGAUAACCUACUCCAUUGUCGGUGAUCACAGUGCCAGCUUCGCCAUCGAUCCGGACAGCGGUGUGAUCACGGUGCGGAACAGUUCUGCCCUGGACCGGGAACAGGAGUCGGAGAUUGGACUUACGGCGAUUGCUGCCGAUCGGGCCCCCGAAAGGACGCGUCGCUCGACCACUGCACCGGUCACCAUCAAGGUGUUGGACGAGAACGAUAACGAGCCGAUUUUCUCGCAGAAAAUUUAUCACGCCACGGUAGCGGAAAACGCGGCACUCAAUCCUCCGGCGGCAAUUUUGCAGGUCAGUGCAGUCGACCCGGAUGAGGGCGCGGCGGGCGAUGUGAAAUAUAGCAUCAUUGGCAGCGAUAUUGAAAACACAUUCCGACUGGAUGCGAACUCUGGAAUUCUAUAUCCGGGCGUUAGUCUGCUGGGAUUGAACGGUCAAUAUCGGAUCGAAAUUGAAGCACGUGACGGGCUCGGUUCGGGUCCGCACAGCGAUAAAGCCACCAUUAUGAUAGAGGUACAGAGCAUCAAUCAGCAUCGGCCCGUUUUCGUCAUGCCGGCGCUCUACAACGCAACGGUGGAAAUUCCUGAGAAUUUGGCGAUGACUGAUUACUUGGUGAUGACGGUGAAAGCGACCGAUAACGAUGACGGGACCAACGGGAAAGUGUUGUACCAUUUACAGGUCAAUAACCAAAACGUACAAGAAACGGACGAGUUCGUCAUCAACGAAAUGUCCGGCGAGCUGCGGAUACGCAAGCACCUGGAUCGGAAGAAGCAGUCCCGGUUCGAGUUAAUCUUGGUGGCACGCGAUCAGGGCACACCGGCGUGGUUCGAAACGUUACGGUUUCUCACCGUUCUGCUGGUGGACGUUAACGAGAACCAUCCGGAAUUUCCGGACGCUUCCAAUCCGUACAAAUUCUUCAUCGCCGAGAACAGUCCGCGUGAUAUCCGGAUCGGGAAGAUCCAGGCGUUCUACGACAGUCCCGAACCAAAGAUCUACUACUACAUGCUGCUGGGCAAUGAGGACGGUGCGUUCUACAUCGACAAGAUAACGGGGGACAUUUAUACGAACAAAUCGCUGGACCGGGAGGAGGUGGAUGUGUACGCGUUGUACAUCCAAGCUAGCAAGAAGCCCGAUCUGCUGAUAACCAAGCGGGAUCGGAUGCUGAUGUCGAUCAAGAAGCUGGAGCGUGACAGCACGGUGGCCAAAGUGUGGGUCACAGUUCUGGACGUGAAUGACAAUCCACCGCUGUUCAAACGUGAUGUUUAUUAUGCUGGAAUUAGUUCUAAAGCAUCCAUAAAUGAGCUGGUUACGAUUGUUAAUGCGACAGAUCGCGAUUUGGGAUCAAAUUCAACGAUGGAACUGUUUAUAAGUGGGUCAUAUUUGUACAAAUUCGGGGCAACGAAGACAACGGGAAGUAUCGUUCCGAGUCCGUUCGCCAUAAGCCGAGACGGCCGAAUAACUACAGCAAAUUACAUGGCGGAAUACAACCAGGAUCGAUUUAUUUUGGAGGUGAUUGCGAAGGAGGUCGAGUCCCCGGAGCGAGUCGCAACCGCUAUGGUGCAUGUUUGGAUUUUCAACCCGGAGCAGCUGGUCCGGGUGAUACUGUCUCGGCCCCCAUCAGAGGUACACAUGGAGCGGGAGGAAAUAAUCACCGAGCUCUCGAAUGCCACCGAGAAAUUGAUCAUCGUGGACGAAAUUCGGUACCAUGUGGACAGCAUGGGUAGAAUAAGGAUGGACUGGUGCGAUAUGUACUUCCAUGCAAUCGAUAUGAACACCCAAAUGGUUGUGCCCGUGGAGGAAAUACUGAGGGAAAUCGAUGCAAAGUACGACUUUCUGCAGGAUUACAAUGCCGGGUUUUCCAUCGAAAACGUCGUUCCAGCGUACGCAACGACCGCCCAGGAUGAAUUCGACCUGGCCCUGGCGGCCAUUAUCGCCCUGCUGAUAGUGCUGUUUGUUGGUGCCGUGAGUUUCAUUGUACUCUGCUGCUGUUUGAAGCAUUGGGUCGUUACGAUUCCCAAUGAGACCAGGAGGAAAGAUGCUCUGAUCAAAAAGCAGAUUAUCGAAGAUUUGAAUACGACCGAGAAUCCUCUCUGGAUUGAACAAAAAUUAAAGCUCUACGAGGAGCAGGAACUGACGAUGCAGGUUUUUUCGGAACCAGAGCUAACGCAACAGCAACAGCAGCAGCAUCAGCAGCAACUGAAUAAUUCGAACAAUACGUCGUCCUCAAUCAACCCGGAGCAGCCGCUAGUGCUGGGGCUGGAUCGGCGGGAUUCGUACGAGCUGUCCCAGGGGGGUGGCGAUAACACAUAUGCCACCAUCCAGCCACGCAAUUAUGGCACCAAUCUGAGCACGGUGCUGGGCAGUGCAAUCGGUAGCGGGGGUGUCGGCGGUGGCGGAGGCGAUGGAGGCGGCGGAUACGGGGGUGGACGCGCCAGUGGCCUUGGGCUGAGCGGGGAUAUGGCGGAUUAUGCUACGCUGCGGAACAGCAGAGCACCUUCGAUGUUCGAGUUUCGAGGAUCGACAUUCCAAGUCCAACAGCUGGGCGGCAGUGAUCAGCCAGACUACGUGACGGAGCUAAUUUAAGAAGCCGUGUUUUUACUCUACAAAAGUAUUUUUGUUACAUGCAGCUAGAAGUAGAUAAUGUUAGAGCAUAGUUUAGUCCGAGAUAUUUACGAAAAGAAGGAAUGAAAGACCCUCACGAUGAUUUAAACGAAGGUGCAAAAAAAGAAGUGUAAAGGAACAUGAUUUGAAUCCAUGAUUGCCAAUUCUCGAACCAAGUGAAAAUUGAAAACAAAAAGACGUGAAUGCUCAAUUUGUAAUAACUGUGUUAAAUACUCAAAGCAACUAUGAUCGAUCGACAUAUUGAAUCUGUUUUGGAAGAAACUUUCAAGAAUUAUUGGAGAAACAAGUACGAAACACUUUGAUAGACAAUAAAUAGGAAAUAUCUCAAAAUAUAGUAUUUAUGAAAAGUGUUUAACUAUCGUCAAAAUGGGAAAUGUUGGAUAUAUGAGUUAGAACUAAUACGAUUAAUUUAAAACAUAGAACCCCUUGGUAAAAACGAAACUUUUUAUUUGAUUUUAUGAUUUUAUGGUUGAUUCUCGGCUAGAAAUAGACCGUGGCAAAAGGAUCUGAUGGUGCGUUGUGAAUAAUUCUCAUAUAAUUUAAUUUAGCUUAUCUGGAUACGAAAUAACUCAAUUCAAUUCCCUCGUAGUAUUUGUCCAUGUCGAAAUAAUUUAAAUUGCUAAAGCUGAAUCUAUUCUCAACUGAGUUACCCUGCCUCAUGUUAUUGAACAUGGCUAUUGAAAAUGUCACGCCUCCAUAAGCGGUGGUAAAUUCCAUGCGUCCUUGAAAAUGCACAUUGAAUGGUCAGGCCGAUUGGGAAAACUUUUUUCGCGAAAGAGAUAAACCGCAGGAAGGAAAAAAAGAUGAUGGAACUUGUUUUUCACGCCAUUACUCUCAUGGACCUGGUGGCAUUGCACCCAAUGUAUCCUCUGUAUUCUGCUCAUUAUCAUUUCGCGCCCUCUGUCAUUUUGAUGUGCCCUUUAGUAUUUUUUCGUCCCGUCCCGUCCCGAUGCCACUCUCGAAUUGUUGCCGAGUUGAGUAAAUGAAUUCAAUUAAAAUAAAUGGAAAUUGAAAAACACACAUAAACGCAAACAUGUGCUGGCAAAAGGGAUGAUCCCACGAGUGAGAGCAAACGGAGCAGAAGGAAUACGACACUCCGACCGCCAAACCGAAGUCGCAAGUUAAAAAAUUGUAAAUAAUUAAAUUUAGCAAACGAAUGAAAAUAUUUAAAUUAUUUAAAAUCAAUUAUGUUGACGUGUUUACGGACGGAAUGUGGUCGCAAAGGAUGUCGCACCGCGGGCUCGGCUAUCGGUGAUUACCGGCGCAGCGUAGCAGACAGCUUCAUUUACCGAUGUACAAAUUGAUGGCAGAUGUAAACAAACAAACAAACAAACAGACAGACGAAACAGGCAAGACGGGAAUGGAAGUUGCAACAUUGAUAAUAUUAUAAAGAAAUAUGAACGAAUGAACGAGGGAACUUCUGAAGCGCGUAGUUCGAUCCCAUCAACAGAUUUAGAGUUGUCUUUGAAGAGAUAUGGUUUCUGUAUAGAAUAACAAACCGUUUUAAGCCGACUAGGGAAAAUAAAACAGUUUUUUAGUAAAACA